AUGGAUGAGCGUAAGGAAGAAGCUGCAGCGAAAUUAAAAAAAGCAAUUCAACGCAAUGUGAUAGGGAAGCUGGAAGCCCAGAAGAUCAGCCAACUGCUUCCAGCCAUGCAGGCCAAACAGAUCGGGCUGAUCGGUAUUGGAUUCGAUCCAGACGGCGUUGAUGAAUUUGUGACUGGAGAGUUUUUCAAAGGAGAUAUAUACCUGGACCCGGAACGCGAAGUGUAUCACAACCUCGGACUUCAUCGUGCCAGUAAAACCAAGGGGAUCGGAUCACUGUUCUCCUCGAAAUUUCGACAUUUGGCAAAGGAGACUAAGCAAAACAAUACCGGCGGGAAUUUCAAGGGAGAUGCUUGGCAAAACGGUGGUGUCUUCAUCGUUGCAAAAGGUGGACAACUCGUCUUUGAGCAUCGACAACACGUCCCGACUGAUCAAGUGGAUAUGAAUGAACUGGCCAGGGUGUUGGGCGUUGGUAUACCCUAG